AUUUUGGUGAGUAGCCUAAACUUAGUUGAAGUUAAUGACACUCUCUGAACUUGCACCAAAUACCUUAUAAAGUAGGUUUAGUUAUCACUGGCCUUUUAGAACUAGUUAAUUGGGGUUUUAUCAUGGAGGCUCCUGACAAAUCAGCUCCUCAGACUUGUGGUUUCCUCAAAAGAAAAAUUAAUGUAAGAUCUAGAAGUGCCAGAACUGCUCAGUCAAGUAGUAGUGAAGAUGAAACAACUGUUGUAAAGAAAGAAAAAAAGUCAAAUCUGUCUAAUCCAUUAAUUCAAAAAUCUAACUUAAAGAACACAGUGAAACGUGAUGAAAUCUGUGAUGCCUCUUCUAGUGAAGAUGAAGGUGUUACUGUGUCAUAUCGGUCUAAGCGUACUGCAGGUCCGGAAGGUCCAUCUGAUCAAGGAGCUACAGCAGUGCUUGAAAUUGAAACUGAAGUGGACAGAGAUGCUCAAGCAAUAUUUGAGCGCUCCCUCAAAAUUAAUAAGGAACUCAAAGGUAAAGAAGAUGAUAGUGUUUACAGAGGUAUGGCAAACUAUACACAGUUCUAUGAAAAAAGAGACACUGCUCAAGGAAAUGCUUCAAGUGGUAUGGUUCGGAAAGGACCAAUACGAGCUCCAGCUCACCUGAGAAGUACUGUACGUUGGGAUUACCAACCUGACAUUUGCAAGGACUUCAAAGAAACUGGGUAUUGUGGGUUUGGUGAUAGUUGUAAGUUUUUGCAUGACCGUUCAGAUUAUAAAUUUGGAUGGCAAAUUGAAACAGAUGCGGCAUCUGGAGUUGUUGAUGAUGAAGAUGACACUAAAUAUGAAAUUGAUGAUGAUGACGAUAACCUACCAUUUAAGUGUUUUAUUUGUAGGAAUUCUUUUACUGAUCCCAUUGUUACUAAAUGUAAACAUUAUUUUUGUGAAAAGUGUGCUUUAUCUCACUACAAGAAAUCUGCCCGUUGUUACAUUUGUAGCAAACAAACUCAUGGAGUAUUUAAUCCAGCAAAAGAAAUUAUCAAUAAACUAAAAAAUGCUAAAACUAAAAGUGAACUGCAGUCAGAUUCUGAUUCUGAAUGAUUUAAAGAUAAAAUAUUUGGGGAACUAAUCCAUUUCAUUUAGGUUAAAUUUUGAAAUUCAGGGUCACACUCAAUUUAUAGACCAUUUUGUUUUAAAUAGCUAAUGACACAAAUACAUAUGAUUCGAGUUUUAAGAGAUUCUUAGGCUUAUUGAAUUUGUACACCUCAUUGUGUUUGGCUAAGUUAUAUCCUAUUUAGGCUACUUUUAAAAUUGUACUAAAAUUUUUGGGUAGGGUACGAUAAGCGGACCUGGUUUUUUUAUAUCGAAAUUGGCAAAC